UAGGGAGUAUAAAAGAGCUGCCGAUGGCCGAGUAGUCAUCAGUCCAUCACAGCUGCCGAACGACAAAAGUCGUCACACCAACAAGAUGCAGCAGGUGAGUCGAGAGGCACCGCAAGUGUUGGUCUUUGAACACGGACAGACUGGGAAAACAAAGAUAACCCAGGCGUCACUGCAUUAAAUGCUCAUGAAAGGUGACACAUUGGUGACGAAUUAAAGGCGCGUUAUGCACAAUAAAUGCUGUAAUGCGCUUUAAAAGCGUCACCAAUGAGUCACCUGUUAUGUGCAUUUCUACGCACAUUGGAGCGCAUAUUUAAUGCGCUUGGCGCUACUGGGGAACAAUAUAAAGGACGGCACUGCCGGACCAAAAACCUAUACGCCCACUUUGGCGUUGGUAUUACUGUUAUACUGUUUGAAACAUGGAGUAAAAACAAUAUUCAUAAUUAUUUCUUUUGUUUGCAUCAGAUUUUCUUGGUCGUUAUCCUGAGCGGGUGCGCGCUCGCGGCCCCCCAGUACCCCGCCCCCGCCGCCGAGUACGGGCCGCCAGGUUACGCUGCGCCUGCGCCAGCCCCGCUACCAGAGAUCGUUCCUGCCCCUGCACCCCUCUCCCUGCCCGCUCUGCCCGCCCCCGUCUACCAGGCUCCUGCCCCCGCAUACCAGGCUCCCGCUCCCGCCUACCAGGCUCCUGCCCCUGCAUACCAGGCUCCCGCUCCCGCAUACCAGGCUCCCGCUCCCGCCUACCAGGCUCCUGCUGAAGCACCAGCCGCCCUGCCGCUCCCCUCCAUCGGUGCCCCUGCCCCGGUCUACAGCGCUCCGACAGCGGCCUACCAGGCUCCCGCUCCCGCCUACCAGGCUCCUGCACCUGCCUACCAGGCGCCCGCCCCAGCCUACAGCGCUCCCGCUCAAGAGUACGGCACCCCCGAGGCUGCUCCCGCCCCGCUGCUCCCAGCACCUGCACCCCUCUCUCUACCAGCUGUGCCCGCUCCCACCUACCAGGCUCCCGCUCCCGCCUACCAGGCUCCUGCACCUGCCUACCAGGCUCCCGCUCCCGCCUACCAGGCUCCCGCUCCCGCCUACCAGGCUCCCGCUCCCGCCUAUCAAGCUCCCGCUCCCGCCUAUCAGGCGCCCGCCCCCGCUGCGCCAGCCGCCCUGCCUCUCCCUUCAUUCGCCGCAGCCCCAGCCCCAGCUUACAGCGCACCCGCCAUCAUCAAGCCUGCAGCUCGAUACGGCCCACCUGGAUUCUAGACAGUAUCCGGGAUGGGGUACCUGUUUGCCCUCUGCAAGUCAUUUAGAUGUAAGGCUUAGUUGUGUACCUGCCAAAACUGUGUCAUUGUUCCUAGAUGUUAAAUAAACUGUUAUUGAAAUGUUGAAUUUUUGAACUAGUGUGGUAUCCAAUUCACUUACAAAAUAUGGCUGUUAAGUCCAAGCCAGCACUAAAGACUCAAAACAUGUGUAGGAAGAUACAUGACCCAGGUAGCAAAUCCAGGAAAACUGCAUCACUACUGCAUUAUAUGUCCAAUCUAUAAUGCGCCUGAAAUGCGCAUAAGGCGCUUUCAAGCGCAUUUAAAGUGUCUUAUGCGCAAUGUAGGCCC